UUGUCAAGGUGUGAUGAUUCAGUCACCUCGCUCUUAUUUACCAGACAGCAUGUCUCGUACUCACAGUUUUCUUCCUUUCCUCGUGCUGUUGCUGGUCUUUUCAACAGAAGGCGCUCUCUUUGGAUAUUAUAUGGCUCAUUGCCAGUUUACUUCCCCUGACGGCCACGAUGCCGUGUACGUGGAGCAGUUUUACUUUAAUAAGGUGUUAGAAGGCCAAUACAACAGCAGUGUGGGGAAAGUAGUUGGUUACACAAAGAACGGAAUAGAAGUUGCAGAUAAGCUCAACGGUGACAAGGACUUUAUGAAACGUGAGGUAUGGAAAUCAAACCUUUGCAAAAGAAAUGUCCCACUGAUUUAUGAUGAGCUCCAGAAUUCAGUUGAGCCCUACGUUUGGCUGAGGUCUGUGGAUGCAGCAGACAGCAGACAUCCAAGCAUGCUCGUCUGCAGCGCGUACAACUUUUACCCAAAACAAAUCAAAUUGACGUGGCUCAGGGACGGAAAGCAGACAACAACCGAUGUGACUUCCACAGAGGAGCUGCCAAAUGGAAACUGGCUCUAUCAGAUCCACUCCUACUUGGAGUAUACACCCAAACCCGAGGAAAAAAUCUCAUGCAUGGUGGAGCAUGCAACCCUCAUGAAGCCCAUGAUAUAUGACUGGGAUGAUCCAUGGCCCAUGCUUUCUGGACAUUUACACAAGACGAACAACAAUGAAGACAAGCUCUCUUGCCAUCUUGCAAGACGCUGUCUCUGUCCAACAGAACCAUCGCCUGACUCAGGGAGAGAUAAGAUUGCUGUUGGUGCAGCAGGGCUGCUGCUGGGUUUGGUGUUUUCAGUUGCUGGGCUCAUUUACUACAAGAAGAAAUCCAGUGGGCGGGUCGCGGUGUCAACAACCGAGGUUUUAUACCCCGAUGUCACACUUUGAGUCGGAGCAGCCUUUUGGAUUUCACUGAGAUUUUGGUUUCAAUGAUGUAAAACGUUGUGGUCAACUUGUCCUUAAACUGCCGUCUGAGCUUUUCACAGAGACUCACAUCAUCCACAUUUUCUCUUCACACUGUAAACUUGACCCAAACUCUGCAUCACAUCAGCUGAGCUUCCACCAGCAAACAGCUGCGUGCUGUUUCCUGUCUGCUUUAUUUUGGAAAGAAGAAUUGACAAAGUAAAUGUAAUAUGAUGGGUUUUUUUUUUUUUUUAGCUUACUCUACCGCCCUCAAGUGGCCAAAAAUCAGUUAAUGCAGGUAAACCUUCAGCACAUGUUGAAAAUGGCAGCUGUAAAGCACUGCUGGGUGGAAACAGGAAAUGGGCAGUAAGGGCAUAACAUUUGGGGAUUGCAGAGAAAAUGUGUAAUUAUUCAAAUUCAUGUUUGUCUAAUCUGUGUAACAAACACAUAUGUCAUCCUAUCUUUCUAUCCCAGCUACCCUGGUGUGGAUGGUAAAUCAAUUUUUUUGCAUUAAUGUCGUUUAACUACUGAUAAUAAAUAAAACACUUGC